CAAACAAUAUUCAUUUUUACACUUAACACCUCAGUACACAAAAUAUCACGACAUCAUGUAGAUUUUUUUUUUGAGGCCAAGACAUCAUCUAGAUUAGAGAGCUACAAGGAGGGAGAGAGAAACAAUGAGCCAGUGAGGAAUAAACUACCAACCUUACCAACUCCAAUCUUUGUUCUUCACUUCAUUCAUCUUCUUGUUUUGGAGAGAGAAACAAUGAGCCAGUGAGGAAUAAACUACCAACCUUACCAACUCCAAUCUUUGUUCUUCACUUCAUUCAUCUUCUUGUUUUUCUCUCUCUUCUAAAGAUUCUGAUGCUAAAUUGUUAACCUUAAUAUACAAAUGAAGCAGAGGAUUGAACCCCUUCGUCAGAGUUCGACCCUUGUCAAACAUGUUUUACUUGGAUUAAUCACAUUUCUUGGCUUAUUUUGUCUUUAUUUUGGUUCUUUUCUCAUCCCCAUUUCUCCCCCGCUUCACCGUGAUGUGCUCUUCGAUCAAGAUGGUGUCGAUCCCUUCUUCGGUAGCACUCUUGUUAACGAGGAUGACUCCAUUGAUAAACUCCCUGUUCAAGACUUUGAUUCUUUGCUCCCAAAGAGUAUACCAAUAUGUGAUAUGAGAUAUUCAGAGUUGAUACCGUGUUUGGACAGAAAUCUAAUAUACCAAUUGAGGUUAAAGGUAAAUCUUACAUUAAUGGAGCACUAUGAACGACACUGUCCACCUCAUGAGCGUCGGUACAACUGUCUUAUUCCGCCUCCAAAUGGUUACAAGAUACCUGUCAGAUGGCCUGCUAGCAGAGAUGAAGUGUGGAAAGCAAAUAUACCUCACACACACCUUGCACAAGAGAAAUCUGACCAACACUGGAUGGUUGUGAAUGGAGAAAAGAUAAAUUUUCCUGGUGGUGGAACCCAUUUUCAUGAUGGUGCAGAUAAGUAUAUUAUUGCACUUGCAAGGAUGCUCAAGUUUCCUGGUGAAAUACUUAGCAAUGGUGGAAAUAUAAGAACUGUUCUUGAUGUGGGAUGUGGAGUAGCAAGUUUUGGUGCAUAUCUUCUUUCCCAUGAUAUUAUAGCUAUGUCAUUGGCACCUAAUGACGUACAUGAAAAUCAAAUUCAGUUUGCAUUAGAGAGAGGAAUUCCAUCUACCCUUGGUGUGUUGGGAACUAAAAGACUUCCAUACCCCAGCAGGUCAUUUGAACUAGCCCAUUGUUCUAGAUGUAGGAUUGAUUGGCUUCAGAGAGAUGGGAUUCUUUUGUUGGAGCUCGAUAGAUUACUUAGGCCAGGUGGAUAUUUUGUGUACUCUUCUCCUGAAGCAUAUGCUCAAGAUCCAGAAAACCGAAAAAUCUGGAAUUCAAUGUAUAGUCUUUUAAGGAGGAUGUGCUGGAGAGUUGUUUCAAAGAAAGACCAAACUGUUAUAUGGGCAAAACCACUGAGCAACAGCUGUUAUUUGAAGAGAGAAUCUGGAAGCAGACCUCCAUUAUGUAGUUCAGAUGAUAAUCCAGAUGAAUCUUGGAAUAUUUCAAUGAAAACUUGUAUCACUCCUUUUUCACCAAAAAUGCACAAGGAAAAAGCAAGCGGUUUACUUCCCUGGCCACAGCGGCUUACUGCAUCUCCAUCUCGCUUGGAGGAUAUUGGCGUCAGUUCUGAGGAAUUUCAAGCUGACACUAGCACAUGGCGCUUUAGAGUGAUCGAGUAUUGGAACCUAAUGAAACCUAUUUUACAAAAGAACACUUUGCGGAAUGUAAUGGAUAUGAACUCCAAUCUUGGCGGAUUUGCUGCUGCUUUGAAUGAUAAAGAUGUUUGGGUGAUGAAUGUUACCCCUAUCCGUUUUGCUUCGGAGCUGAAGAUCAUAUAUGAUCGAGGCCUCAUUGGAACUGUACAUGACUGGUGUGAAGCAUUUUCUACAUAUCCACGCACCUAUGAUCUACUACAUGCAUGGAUGUUGUUUUCAGAGAUUUUAGAAAGGGGCUGCAGUGCUGAAGAUCUGUUGAUAGAAAUGGAUAGAAUUUUGAGACCAGAGGGAUUUGUCAUCAUCAGAGACCACCCUUCAGUCAUAAAUUAUUUAAAGAAAUAUUUAAUUGCCUUGCGUUGGGAUGGAUGGGUUGUGGAGGUGGAACCAAAGGUGGAUAUUUUGUCAAGAAAUGAUGAAAGAGUUCUAAUAGCACGUAAGAAGCUAUGGCGAUAUGGGGCAACUGUCAGCUGAAUGUAGCUCUAAGAAGAUUCUCCUCGCUUGAAGGUUUUGCUAUUAUUAUGAAGCAUCUAUGGCAUUGUCACAAGAUUUAAAUCGUGGUUACCAAUUUGUGAAGUUACAUUCUCAUGUUCUGUGGCUGAUGUGCUGCACCGAUUGUAUGAGAUCUUCUAGGAAAAUGCAAUUAAAACAAACCGAAGGUUUGUAUUUGUUGUUUGGAGUAUUCUUUUAUGCUUCUCCUUGGCCAAACUAUAUAUGAAGGCAACAUAAUUCUUUGGACGAUGUAGACUCCCUCUGUCCCAAAUUUUGUACUCAAUUGUGUCCAAAAGUAGUUUUUUUUUCAUGUGGGGUUGAUAGUGUAAUUUUUAUUUUUUGAACACAAGCUUAAAGUGUGUCAAAAAAAAAAAAAAAAAAAAAAAAAAAAAAAAAAAACCCACAAGCUUGACAGUGUAAUUUAUAGUGACCAAGUUUACUAUGAACUUGGUAUAGCCUUUGUUUGGUAAAGUGAAAAGCUCACCAAGAAAAUAAAUAACUAAAUAACUGCUAAGUCCCCCGUCUAGGGUUAGUUGUCCCUCGACUAGGGUGAGUUAGUUUCUUGUGA